AUGUUGCGGCUGACGAGCACUCUGCUGCGGCGGUGCUCGGUGUUCGAAAAGAUCAGCAAGGGAGAGCUGCCGGCCCGCGUGGUCUACGAGGACGAGCAGUGCCAGGUGAUCCACGAUAUCAGCCCAGUCAGCCCUGUGCACCUGCUGGUCUACCCUCGGAAGAAAAUCGCCCGCCUCAGCACCGCCGAGGAGGGCGACCAUCCCCUGCUGGGACACCUACUGGGAGUGGCUGCCAAGACAGCCAAGGCGCAGGGGCUGGAAGGAUACCGAGUGGUUAUCAACGUGGGAGAGGACGGAGGGCAGACAAUCGACCACCUACACCUGCACGUGGUGGGGGGUCGCAAGCAGUGCUGGCCGCCAGGUUGA